AUGGACUCCACAAGCCCAAAUAGCGACAGCUUCAUCGAUAUUUCAAUGGCACCACCACCGCAACAAACCCUCCUCUGCUGCCCCCUAAACCCGAUUUCUCAAACCUCCUCAACCUCGGACCUCGUGAGCAACUUCCUACUCGCCCUCCGUAUCCUCGGUCCCAGCAUCGCCCUGACAUCUCCCAACAACCCCCAAACCAUGGCCGCCCCUACCGACACGACCCAGUCUCCGUUCCCCACCUACCCGGCAACCCACCCCAUCCCCCGCGAGCUCGUACUGCUGCAAACGGUCCGUCGCCCGCCAGCAACCGAUACGCGAGUAACAGAACAGAGACACUACGCGCAGCUGCCUGACAAAGACGAGGAAACUGUCGUCAUGUAUCCCGACGAGGUGUUCGGCUUAGUAGAGGAGAGCAGAGUGGAGGAGCUUUGGAACCAGGGCUGGAACUGGACGCGGAGGGAGGAUCUUGGGGAUGAUAGGGAGAGCGGACGGGUGACUUGGAGGUGUGUAGCUUGUCGGAGGGAAUAUUCGGUUAGGCGGGUGAGGCUUUUGGAAGCGGAGAGGGAGUAA